GAAGAAAACAAGAAACCCAGCCACUAAGGAGUGAAGCUUCUCUCUCCUUCAAUCUCUCUUAUUUUGAUAUAUCUCCGGCGAUAAACUCCACCGUUUCAGUCCAUCCUAGAGAGCGGAGCUCCCUUCGUUUGCUGGUUUUUUUUUUUUGCUCAGAUCGACUCCCAGGUAAGAAUUCGUGCCUUUGUUUCACAGUUCGACUCCUUAUUUCCCUUAUCCUCUGAUCGGCGGCCAGGAAAACGGCGGUACGGUUCGCAAUAACCAGUAGGUUUUUGGGUACUCUUUCAGCAUUCACUUCCCUCACACCAAGUCAUUACAUCUCGGGCGCCACCGUAAUCAAGUGAGUCCAACAUAAAUCAUCAACAAACCAUAAAGAAAAGUACUAGAAAAGGGGAGGUGGAAGGAAAAAGAAAAUGGCGAGCUAUCUAUGGAGAAAAUAUGCAGAUUAUGUUUACAACAAAUGGGAAAGAACAUUUCUUUGGGACAUGUUAGAGCCUUAUCGAAGACCCAAAUCUUUUACGCCUCUCGUUACCAUUUAUGUUGCAGCUUUUUACACCGGUGUCAUUGGUGCCGCCAUUACUGAGCAGCUCUACAAGGAAAAGUACUGGGAAGAUCAUCCUGGGGAAGCAGUGCCACUGAUGAAGCCUAAAUUUUAUGGUGGACCGUGGAAGGUGCUCAAAGGUGACGUUCCACCUAGUGAGUGAAAGCUAUAAGAUCCACUGAAAAUUGCUAUGGUGUCAUUCCUUGUAUCUCAUUGUGUUUAGGAUAGUGUUGCUCUGAUUCUUCAUUUUUCUUUCUGUACUCGGUUUGACUCGUAUUCAAGCAUCGAUAUGCAGGAAUACGAUUCUCUCCUGUGAAAAUCUUCCAUAUACAUAUAAAAAGAAUUUAGGAUAAAAAAUGAAGAUAUCUACGUCAAGUGUA